AUGAGAAAAGCAUUAUACUUCAAAUUUUUCUGUGCACUUUCAAUUUUUUUCCUGACUAUUUUUGUUUUACCUUUAGAAGCAAAAGAAGAAAUAUGUAAUGGUGACGAAUGUUAUUCUAAAGAAUUCGUCGCAACAGAAGAAUUCCAAGAAGUACGUGAAGGACAAGAAAUACAUCCAGGUUUGCAUGUCAAAAUAGACAUGAGUACCGGAAAGAAAUACGCGAAAAUACUUGAUCCAAAUGAUAACGAAACUAAUAAAUCUUCAGAAGUGAUAAUAAUUGACGAACAUGGCAAUCCAAUAAAUCAAGAAGAAAAUGCAUCCGAAAAUUUAUUAAUUACUGAUAAAUCACAAACUAACAAUAAAGAUUCCGAUUUAAAAUUUCAUCAAGAUUCUAAUGAAAGUAUUUUUUCACAUCCAUUUAUUACAUCAAAGCAUAAAGAGAAUGUUCGUAUCCCACAUUCAGAUCAUGUUCAAUUUGAAUCCUAUCUUUCACAAUUAGAAAAUUCAUCAUCCAUUCAAGUCAUAAAUUCAGCUUUAGAUGGAUUAGAAGAAUUGGUUCAUGAACUAGAUUUUGGAAUUAAAUUGGCUAGAAGUCAAGGCAUAAAAAUCAUACUUGCACUUUUAGAUCAUGAUUCGGCUCAAAUCAAGAAGAAAGCGGCCAUUGUUAUUGGAACUGCAAUGCAGAACAAUCCUACGGCACAAAAUGAUGUAAGCCACCUAAAUAUUGUGACUCGAAUUUUCGAAAGUUUGUCAAUUGAAAGUGAUAUAAAAGUCUCGAUUCGACUUUUAUACGCAUUAUCAAGUAUCGUACGAGGAAACAAAAAUGCGAUUCAAUUCAUUAAAGAUAGUAACGGAUUACAAAGUCUUGUAAAUUUAUAUCAGAGUUCAUCAAAUAAUGAAUUUCGUGCAAAGUGUGCUUUGUUCAUAUCAGAUUUUAUAGAUCCAAAUAUGAUAGGACAAAAUACAGGACUUUUUGAACAAGGUCAAUAUUAUGACUCCAUAGAUCCAUUAAUGAACGUUAUGGAAAUAUGGUGUAGAAAAUUCCAAGAAACUUUGUUUGAUAAUACAGGAAGUUCAAAUAAAGUUGACAUCGAUUCAAGAGAAAAAAUACUCAAAGGAAUUUCAAUGAUCAAAAGUCAAUAUUCCAGUUCAUGCGAAACACAGGAUGGAUUUAAGAAUUGGAUAGUUAAAGAAGAAAUUGAAGCAAUAGGGGAAGAUUAUUUAGAAGAUUAUUAUAAAUUGAUCAUUCAAGUUAAAGCUCAAUUUGGAUUUUGA